AUGAAGAUCAUAGAUCAGACCAAAAACACCAUAAGGAAACAGAAAGGAAAGGUAACAAAAAGAAAUCAAGUUCCUGGAUCAUCUAAGAUCACAGAAUUUCGGCUAGUUACGUCAAAAGUAGAUAUUGAACCUCAGCCAGAUUUGAUAGAUGAAGUAAAUCUUGACUUCACUUCUUUUCUCCAUCAGGAGCUUGAGUCACUCAUGCAACCAGCAGAGAAUUAUGGAUUUAACAUCACUAAUGAAUUCCCAAAUCAAGAUGAAGACAAUCAGAAUUGGAUAGAUAAUAUAAUGGACAACAUUCUGAAGGUCUCACCGGUGGAAUCUGAGAGUAUUUUCGAACCUCUUGAUUAUCAAAAUGAAUUCAGAUUAGUCAAUCAUUAUUGUCGUUCGAUGUGUGAAUUCUAUAGUGUCAAAGAACCUAAAUGGAACUUCUACUCGAUGGUGUCUAAUCAUUAUGCUUAUAGAUUCACCCCCUUAAGAUAUAGCUUACUUGCAUGGUCGGGACUUCAUCUCUCUAUUGUUGAAAAAUCUACUUCAUCACUCAGUAAGACGUAUUAUAAGACAGCGUUGACAUUGAUUAUGAAAGAGAAUUUUCACAACAGUUCUGUUCCAAUAGAAUUAUUAUUAGCAUCAGCUUACUUUUUAGCAUUAUAUGAUCUCAUGGAAGGUACGGGUAAUACAGUGUUCAUAUUAAAGCAUGUUUGGUCAACUUUGAGAGUAGGUAACAUUUUUGAAUCGGAAUUAAAUCAAUCAAAUGAUCAAAAAUUAAGUGCCUUUGGUUAUCAAAUUAUAACAUGGUUGAUUUACAUUGAUAUAAAGUCGGCAUUAUUUAUUGGAAACAUCAAUUUCCCUGAUUAUAUUUUCUUGGAUGACUCUAAAAAUCAGAAUUUAAAUAUUCAGUAUUUGACGGUUUCAGAAGUUUAUGAAUCUAAAACCGUGCUGAACAUUUAUCAGCACUCUCGUCAUGUUUUAAGUGAUAUUUAUGGAGAGUCUUAUCCCAAAAAGAAUAUCUUGACGGACAACACCCAGGAUAAGAUUUUGGUUUUGAUGGUGAAAAAUAUGUUAUUGUUAGGAUCCCUCAUUCGUUUAAGGUGCUGGUUAGAACUGUGUGGGAAUUCUACAGAUUUUGACCCCCAGUCCCUUGAAACGAAAAUCAAUAUGCUUCACCAAGAAAGUAUGAAAUUAUACCAAUAUGAGAAUGACAAAGAAGAUGUCACAUUGUUCCAUAUUCUAAUAAUAAAUGCCUUAAUACAUUCAUCUGUUAUAUAUUUCGAUAGGAUAUGUCAUCCAGAUAUUAGAACCAAUGAUAGGAGUCAGAAAUCAGCUGACGAAAUAUUGAAAAUAGCCUUGAAGUUGAAAAAUCUUCGAGGUAUUGAAACUCCUGGUUCACUCCAAUGGCCCUUACCUAUGUUCAUUGCAGGUAUAGAGACCACUCACGAUAUUCAGAAAGACUGGAUUCUGCAUGAGUUAGAUAACUAUGAAGAUGCGGGUUGGGGAUCACAAAUAGGGAAAAUGAAGAUUCUUUUACAGAAUACUUGGAAAGAACAAGACAAAGUCAAUUCUCGAGUUGAUGUGGGGAAAUUAAUGCACGAUAUCACCGGAUAUUUUGUUAUGUAG